AUGAGGACUUCUUCGUUUUAUCUCCUGGCUGGUAUGCUGCUCGGCCGAGCCGCCCACAGCCAGCAGCUCAGAUAUAACGACAGCAUCCAAGCGCUGGCUUACGGCAACAUCGCCACCUCCUCUGUGGAAUCGCGCGGCUAUGUCUGGCUGAACAUCACCGGCUUCUCGGAGACUGAACUCCCGCACAUCCAGACGGAUGUGGGCAUCCACUCCCUGGACAAUGCGCGCGAGCUGCAGGUGAUCGCGAGUCUGGUGCAAAGCGCCGCGAGGAGGGGACUUUGGGGCGACCUCGUGUUCCUGUAUAACAUCUUGUUAAUGAAUGCGCACCCCGCGUACGCCAACGUAGCGAGCACACAGAUGCAGACCGGCCUGCUGGAUGCAGUACGCGGUAAGGGUUCCACGGGCAGCGGGCCGGACGAGCGCUUGAUCGAGCUCUAUGCCAGCACAUCGAGCGCGCCGGACUUAGAGGCGGCGUACCGCGCUCUCCCGCCAUCUUUCGGAGUUCAAUAG